AUGGCUUACAAUAAUAGAAUACACAAUGCUUAUGCAGAUGAUAGGCGACAUGACCGACAUCCUUCGUGGAACGUUUGGAGGAAAGGCGACCCUCCGCUAAGUAGAGAUCGGGACGGGGAUCGCAACCGAGAUUAUGAGCGCGAGCGCGAACGCGAUCGGGACAGAUCUGCUAGGCGUACGUCUGACCUACACCGCGAGUUGAGGGACCGAGAAUCAGACAGAGGCAGGGAAUACGACAACGACAUUGAUUCCCGUCGGAGAGAACCCCAACUCAAGGUUAGCAUUCCGGAUGUCCAACCCCGGGGAACCGCAACAUCUUCGAUCGGCUCGCUAUCUAGCUCCCGUGCUGCUCCGGCAGGACGACCACCACCGACAAAACCUGCUGCUGAUCAAAGCAACACUGCCCCAUCCACUCCAAACCCAUCAGUGCCAGCUCCUCCAGAGGCGAGAGAUCCCCAAUUCCAGGAACUUUUCGGGUUGUUGUAUCAACUAGGCGAAAUACAACAUAAGCGCACUCGGUUGAUAUGGCAGGGAGACCAGCUAAAAAAGGAGAUGCAACGUCGAGAGCGUGAUGCUGCCAAAUUCGGGGCCAACUCUGACAGGGCAGCUGACUUCCCCUCCGUGUUAGAAGUUGCGAAGCAAAUUAAAGAACGAGACCUAGCGGAAGUUUCCCUGUUAGAAAAGAGAAAACAGUCUCUUGAUCAGACGUACUUGCAAAUUCUCGAAGCUUCAGCUAAGGAGGUUUACAGCCUGAAUCGCGCAGAACAACAAGCGCCGUCAACAGCUGUUGUCCCAGCAGCAUCAGCUUCGUCCAUGUCCAACCUGGAGUCUAAAUUCGCCGAGUUUCAAAAGCAAUUCUCGCAAGCCCAGCAUCAAAUCGCGGGGCUUGAAUCGAAGCGUCAGAAGUCGGAUGAGGCCAUUGAGGAGCUAAAAUCACAGAAUGCCGAGCUGAAAUCGGAAAAUGCCAAAUUGAAGGAAGACGUAGAAUCGCUGGUUUUUAAGAUGGCCGCCGCCGAGUCAAAUCUUGUCGACUUGGGGAACAACAAGGCGUCUUUGGCCGAUGUCGGUGAAGUCGUUACCCAAAUCGGUGGUCUCACUCACCAGCUUGAGUUACGGCAACAAGAAAUUCAACAAAUCGGGAAUCGGACCGAGGAAUUCGAGACAACAUACAAGUACUUAUCCUCGUCUAUAAGCAAGAUGGAUCAAAAAAUCGCGAACUACGGAGAUGAGAUUUCAGUCGUCAAGGAUAAAGUCGAAAAUCUUGACAUCGGUUCGUUGGACAACAUAGUGGACUUAUGGAUUUCCCUAAAACUGCCAGAAAAGCUGCAGAAGUGGGUUUCCCUAGAGCUCCCAGAAAAAUUGCAAAGUUACGAUACGCAAUUGCUUGCUCUUCGAUUCAAGGAGCGCGAAACUGAGGCAACUCGUCAUUCCAACUCCCACGGCAGCCUCGGGAAGGAUAUGGCAAUGUUCAAAAUGCUUCUAGAAGAACAAGGCAAGAAGCUGGAAAAUCGGAUGAUAAAUGCCAUAGGCGAGCUCCAAAGAUGCCUGGACAAGUCGGGCGACGCGUGUGCGACGAUGGUCGACGACUUGUCGAGCAGAGUUGCAAAGCUGGAGACACAGCCACAGAACGUCGUAUCAUCAAGAACUCUUGCCCUGACCCCUACACUCGAGACUCGUAUCUCGAAUCUUGAGAAGGAAGCUAGGAACAGCCCUAAGCCCAUGACCGACCGGAAUGUAGAGACGCGGCUAAGACGCCUGGAGGAGCAAAACUUGGAGGAGCGCAUGAAUCAAGAAGUGGUCGCCAUUCAGCAGCUCUUUAGUGUGGUUAAUUCGAACGUCAACCACGUCAAAGCUGAUAUUAACAACCUGAAUCAGUGUUAUAAGUCCCACGAUUUGGCCAUCGCGUCCUUCAGCGAGCAAAUCAACAACAUAUUCACCAAGCCAUUUGCGGACCUGGUCCUCAAGCAGUUGGACUCGCUAGCACACCGGCUUGCACCAAGGAUUGAUGCUAAUGAAAAAAGGAUGAAGUUCGUGCUGGAUGAGUUGGAAUCCGCCAAACGUGUCAUAGGCUUGCUGCCGCAAAAGAGAUCGGCUUCUCCUUCGGGCAGAAGAGCAUCGGAAGAUGGAAGCAAGCGGAGACGGGUUGGUGAAGUCAACGGCGAUGAAGCACCUAUGAACGGCGGACACUAA